AAAAUGUGAUAUUAAAGUGUACUAGCAAUGAAAAUGUAUGUAUGUAUAUACAUAUAUGUUCUCGUUUAACAUAAUGACAUUUCAGCAAAAUGUUAAUUACGCUGUAUUAAUUAAUUAAAUUAUAAUUAUGUUAUAUUUUGUAUAAUGUUGAUUCGUUUCAUUAAGUUGUUUAAUAUUGUGACAUUAAGUACACAUAAACCGGCACAGUAUAUUUUUUUUGCAAGACUCAACAGUUCUUUGAAGGUUAUGAAAAUCCUUAAUGUGGCGGAAAAAAAUGAUGCUGCCAAAAACAUUGCGAGCCAUUUAUCUCGUGGCACUAAUAAGCGGAGAGAAGGAUUGUCUCCGUACAAUAAGAUUUAUGAAUUCAAGUCCUAUUUAUGGAAUCAAAAUUGCGAUAUGAUUAUGACCUCUGUGUCUGGUCAUUUAUUAAACAAUGAAUUUGUAGGAGCAUAUCGUAAAUGGCAAGCUUGUCAUCCAUUAAGUUUAUUCGAUGCACCUGUAGUAAAACAAUGUUCAGAAGAAAGCUAUAUUAAGAUUAAACAAACUUUAGAAAGAGAAGUAAAAAAAUGUGGUGCAUUAAUUAUUUGGACAGAUUGUGAUCGUGAAGGAGAAAAUAUUGGAUUUGAAAUUAUUCAAGUCUGCUUAGCAGUUAAACCCAACAUUCGUGUAUAUAGGGCAAAAUUUUCAGAAAUUACACAGGCAUCUGUAGAUAGAGCUCUUCAAAAUCUGUGUGAACCAGACAAAGCAGUUAGUGAUGCUGUUGAUGUACGAAGUGAACUAGAUUUAAGGAUAGGUGCUGCAUUUACAAGAUUUCAAACAAUGAGACUCCAAAAAGUAUUUCCCACAUCUCUUGCUGACAUGCUCAUCAGUUAUGGUAGUUGUCAAUUUCCUACACUAGGAUUUGUAGUAGAACGAUUUCUAGCUAUAGAAAGAUUUAAGCCAGAACCAUAUUGGAAAAUAAGAGUAAUGGAUGUUCGUGAUCAACUCUCUGUGGAGUUUAGGUGGAUAAGAGGAAGGUUAUUUGAAAAAUUGCCUUGUGAGGUUCUGUUAGAUACAUGCUUAGAACAGCCUGAUGCCAAAGUACAGAAAAUUACAAGCAAACCUAAGAGUAAAUGGAGGCCUCUACCUUUGGACACAGUUGAAUUGGAAAAACAAGGUUCUCGUAAACUUCAUUUAAGCGCAAAGGAAACUAUGAAAAUUGCUGAAAAAUUGUAUACUCAAGGUCUCAUCAGUUAUCCGCGCACAGAGACAAAUAUAUUUCCUAAAGAAUUAAAUCUUGUUCCUUUGGUAAAUCAGCAAGUAAAUGAUCCAGCAUGGGGUAAUUUUGCACAACAAUUAUUAACAGCUGGGUUGAAUCCUAGACAAGGAAAGAAAAGUGAUCAAGCACAUCCUCCUAUACAUCCAAUAAAAUAUGCCGAUAAUUUACAAGGUAAUGAUGCUAAAGUUUAUGAAUUUGUGGUUCGACACUUUUUGGCCUGUGUUUCAAAUAAUGCAUUAGGACAAGAAACUACAGUAGAGAUUGAUAUUGCUGGUGAGAAAUUUAUUGCUAACGGGUUACAAAUCAUUGAAAGAAAUUACUUAAAUGUAUACAUAUAUGAAAAAUGGAGCGACAAAGCAAUUCAUGUAUAUCAAGAAAGACAGGUUUUUAAACCAACUAGUAUAGAUAUGAUACAAGAGGAAACAUCACCACCACAAUUAUUAACUGAAGCAGAUUUGAUUAGUUUGAUGGAUAAAUUUGGUAUUGGUACUGAUGCCACACACGCAGAACAUAUUGAUACAAUAAAGUCACGUCAAUAUGUAGGGUUAACAGAUGGAAAGCAUUUAAUGCCUGGGAAACUUGGGAUUGGACUAGUUAUGGGUUACGAUAAUAUGGGAUUUAAAAUGUCAAAACCAAACUUAAGAGCAGAGUUAGAAAGAGAUCUUAAAUUGAUAUGCGAUCGACAAAAAGAUCCAAAAGAAGUAUUACAAACUCAAAUAAAUAAAUAUCGCGACGUGUUUAAAAUGACAUUGGAACGUGCCAAUUUAAUCGAUAAUGCUUUAGCGGAUUAUCUCAAUGAACGACCUAUUGAAACAGGAGAAAUACAAGUUAGUAAUCCACCUGAAGAAAUUCCUGUCUUCAAAUGUCCAAAGUGCAAAUCAAAUAUGGUACUUAAAGACAGAAGGCAAGGCCCAGGAAAGUAUAUUGGUUGUAUGUGCUUUCCAACAUGUAAUAAUGCAAUCUGGUUUCCUCCAACUGUUGAAUCUGUUGAAGUUUUGAAUGAAGUUUGUUCGCAUUGUCCAGGAAAUAUGCAUAAAUUGCAAUUGAAAUUAUCUAAAAAUGCUUUUCCAAUUUAUGGUACUACUUAUACAACCUGCAUAGGUGGAUGCGAUCCUUCGUUUAACGAAUUGUUAAAUAUAAAGGACGAAAGUGUUAAAAUUAUUAAUCGAAUAAACGACACCGGUUAUGACAGUAUGUUCGAUGGAUCAAGAUCAACAAUCCUUUCAAAUCCACCUCCAGUACGAAACAAUGAAACCCGUCAACCUCGAGUUAAAAAUAGGUCAAAUUUACCUAAAAAUAACACAUCUGUAGAACUCGUUCGAAAUCAGAAUAGUAAUCGUAAUAACACAAGUAGAUCAAGAAAUAAUAAUACAAAUACUAAAAAACGAAAUACUCGAACGAUUGACGAUACAUGGAUUGAUACUAAUACUUUUACUUCUUCAAACACUGAUUCAAGAUUACCCAGUAUAGAAGACAGUAAAACAUGGGGUGCUAUUGAUAAUGAUGCUGUUAUCAUGUGUAAAUGUAAUGAAAACGCAAUUCAGUUAACAGUAAGAAAAGAAGGACCGAAUCAAGGAAGACUAUUUUAUAAAUGUGCCAAACCUCAAGGCACAGGUUGCGAUUUCUUUCUUUGGGCGUCAGAUAAUGGGCAGGAAAUGCAAAACAAUAGAAAUAGAAAUCCAAAUCAUACACCAAAUGUUGCAAGUACAAGUAACUGGCCAAGCACUUCUGUUUCUACUUCUAGUACAUGGGGACGCGCUGAAACAUCUACAUCGUUGACUAAUGUGAAUUGUCACUGCAAUCAAUUAGCAAAAGAACGGACUGUUGUGAAGGAUGGUCCUAAUAAAGGGCGCUUAUUUUAUUCGUGUCCAAAACCUAUGAAUGAGUCAUGCAAGUUCUUUCAAUGGGCAGAUGAGAAUGUUUCAAAUCAUAAUGAAACAUUCAGGGGCGGAAAUAGCAAUACAUCUAGAGAAGCAGGAAACAGAAAACAUGCAAAUACACAAAGAAAGCCUCGGACUACGGGUGGUAAGAGAAAAUGCGGAAUUUGUGGGAUAGAAGGACAUACGAGAAAAAAUUGUCCAGAAAAUGUAAUGGAUUAAUGACAGGAGAAACGGAUUGUAUCCGUAAAAUUAUAAAUACUAAAGAUGGUGAUAAAAACACAAUUAAUUACUUUUGGUACUUUUGUAUGAUAAAUUAAUAUCGGUUUCAAAGUUUACUAUGUGCCUUACAUCAAUAUUAUAAUAUGUACAAGUAAAUAUAUCUGUGUUAUUUUA